UGAAUAAAUACAUAAUCUAAGAUUGAUUUUUAUCAGAUCAUUUAAAUGAAAAACCUGCUACAUGAAAAUUAACAAAUUAAUCGAAAAGUUGAUUACUUAGAUAAUUGGCAUUUGAAGUAUGACAUCCUCAGUUCCAAAGUAUUAAUUUUUGAGAGGAUUUGAAUCUAAUACAAACUGUGCUUGGUUAGUGUUAAAAUGGAGAUUAUUGAAGAACAAAUUAUAAGAUCAGAAAUCCUCAUCCAUGACGAGAAAAAAUUUCCAAGAAAACCUUCGCUGAUACCAAUACCGGAAGACAAAUUCAAAAUCGGAUACGUAUUUUUCUUUUUCAUGGGAGUUUGCCAUUUUAUGCCGAUGAUCUUUUUCGCUACAGCCAAUAAUUUUUGGAUGUACAAAUUCAGAAACCCCCAAUUUGAAGUUAGUGACCCCACAAAUCGUACUUCUUUGCAAAAGUACUUCGCCUCGUCCAGUCAAAUAGCCAACACUGCUCCGACUCUAAUUUUUGGAAUUUUCAACAUAGUAGUGGCUUACAAGUACGCCAUAACUAGCAGAAUAAGCAUCACUUUGGGAAUACAAACUUUGACUUUUCUACUAUUUACUGUUUCUUGUCAAAUUGAUACAGAUGAUUUUCAAGGAUUAUUUUUCGGUACAGUGAUGCUCGGUUACGUUUUCCUAUCAAGUACAAUGUGCGUAAACCUGGUAGGCUCAAUGAGCCUCUAUUCACGUUUCCCAUUUGAAUACACAAUUUGUUGUCUGAUUGGAGAAGGCGUCUCUGCUAUUGCCGGCGAUCUGAUAAUAAUUUUAUGUAUUGCAGCUUUUGAUGGUGCUAUUAUUAAUUCAACAUUUGUGUAUUUUAUGUUUGGUUCUGCCUUACUAUUGACGACAUUUUUGUUGUCUGUUUUCGCUAGCAGAACUGAGUUUUUCCAACAUUGUUUGCACUCGAUACCUCAAGAAACAAAGAAAAUGCCUAGCAAAAAGGAACUACUAGACGUGUUUGGUAAAAUACGUAAUGUUAUCAUUAUAAUGAGCUGUUUUGCCAUUGGAAUGUCGGUGACCCAUACAGCCAUUACUGCACUGGUGGUUUCGGAGCAAUCGAAUACUGUUUGGGCAAAUAGUUACUUCAGUCCGGUAAUGACGUUCUUCCUAAGCGACUUCUCCUUAUUAUUAGGCCGUUUAAUAUCGUCUUUUAUCCCCAUUAAAAUAUCAGAAAAAGUCUUUUUGGGCCUGACAAUAAUCAGGACAGUGGUUCUGGUGCCCCUAAUUUGGUUGUGCAACGCGCAACCUAGAAAGAAUUUGCCGGUGAUUUUCGGGCACGAUUACCAAUACGGUUUGAUUUUUUUCAUACUUAGCGUCACAAACGGUUACAUUAUGAAUUACUGUUCAUUAUAUAUACCUCAAAAAGUGGACAAAAAAGAUGCAGACACAGCUUACACACUGUUCGGUUUAAUGAUGAAUCUUAUCACAACCAUCACUUCGCCCAUUGGAAUGUUUAUUGUAAAUGUUUUAUAAAUAAAAUGUAUAUAGCAAAACACAA